CGCAUAACACCAUCCAAUCCAAUCAUGGACCGGAGAGAAACCUAGCCCUCAGUAGAUUAUUCCUGCCUUCCUUCCACCUAUAUUUUCUCCGCUAAGCCAUCCGACUUUUCAACGAAACACAAGCAAAAAUCUAACCCAUCUGUCAUUUUUGUUCAUCAACCCUUAUUUUGAGCUUUCAUCUCUGAUGUUUGUGCGUGCAUACAUCUGUAUUAUUGACUUCAAUUGAAUUUAAUACACAGAGAGUAGUGAUUUUCACAACUCUUACGAAAGGAAGAACAGAAGAGAACCAGUAUGAGCUUUGAAGAUCUUGAAUCGGGACGCCCUUUGACUUCAUUCAAUGGUACCCAUCUCCAACACCGACAACAGGAUCCUUCACAGUCCGUCGCCGCCGGCGUCUUUCAGAUCAACACCGCCGUUGCCUCCUUCCAACGUCUCGUCAAUUCCCUUGGAACCCCCAAGGACACCCUUGAACUCCGUCAAAAACUGCAUAAAACUAGGUUACAUAUUGGACAAUUGGUGAAAGACGCGUCAGCUAAGCUUAAGGAAGCUAGUGAAACAGAUCAGCACACUGAAGUCAGUGCCAGCAAGAAGAUUGCGGAUGCCAAGUUGGCAAAAGAUUUCCAGUCGGUUCUUAGAGAAUUUCAGAAGGCCCAACGACUUGCAGCUGAGAGGGAGACUGCAUAUGCUCCUUUUGUUCCUAAGAAUGUUCUUCCUUCCCGCAAUGCUAGCAGUGAGCUGGAUAUAGAUUCAUCAAGGAGUUCUGAACAGUUUGCUCUUCUCGUGGAAUCUAAAAGGCAGGAGGUUGUCAUGUUGGAGAAUGAGAGUGUUUUCAAUGAAGCCAUUAUUGAAGAAAGAGAACAAGGGAUCAAAGAAAUUCAGCAGCAGAUUGGUGAGGUGAGUGAGAUUUUCAAGGAUCUGGCGGUGCUGGUUCAUGAGCAAGGAGUUAUGAUUGAUGACAUUAGCUCGAACAUUGAUAGUUCUCAUGCUCAAACUGCACAAGCUACUUCCCAUCUGGCAAAAGCAUCCAAGAUGCAAAAAUCUAAUUCGUCUCUGACCUGUCUAUUGUUAUUGAUCUUUGGGAUCAUUCUGAUUAUUGUGAUCAUAGUUGUGGUGGCAUGACCAGCAAUGUUGGUAUGAAAUUGAAGUCAUUUCAAUACAUACUUUCUUUAUCAAUAUGUUUGGUGAAAGCUAUUACUGAUAAUGCUGACUGAGGUGAGCUGGUCACAUCUGGUCCGACCACAAAGUGUCUGAAGUUAUUGCUUACCUAUUGAAUAUAUGUAUUUUUAUUUUCUUUUUCUUUUUCUUUUGAAACAAUAAAAUAUUGGAAGUUGAUCGCCUAUGUACGGUCUUUUCAGAUAUGGGGGCAGACCACCUCUUACUAUGAAGCUUUAUUACAGCAGAUUAUGUGAACAGUCUGUCUGCUAUAGUCAAUAAAUGUGAUUCUUUUCAAUUCUUCUCA